CGUACGUGACCUGUAUAACACAAUCUCUCUUUAUAUCAUAAUCUCUCAUUCUAUAUAAUCAAUACAUACGUGACUUGUCUAACAAUCUCUCUUAUAUCAUAGUCAAUUGCAACAAACCAAAUAGUUUGAGAAGCAGUAUAAGGAGUUAUUUACAAACGAGCAUUAGUUUAGAAGAAUUAUUUCGACUUUACCCAAUUUGUGAGUUAGAGAGAGGGAAAAAAAAAAAAAAAAAAACCAAAUUACAACUCCGGGCUCAAGCAGCCCCUUUCUACUAAGCUCUGCUGAAUCUCCGAUCUCCUACUACCGGUAGCGGCGUCGAUGUCGGAGCUUCCGGAGGAUGUGUUCGGCGACAUCCUCACUCGGCUAUCGCCGAAAGAUCUGCUACGUUUCAGGUGCGUUUCCAAACGAUGGUGUGCCCUAAUUGAUUCACCUAGGUUUAUAAAAUUGCAACUCAACAGAUCACUUGAAACUGGAACCAAUUUGAGUUUGAUUUAUAGAAAUGAUUCUGAAAUAUGUUCAGUAGACCUAGAUAUGCUUGACGGUGAUAGCGUCGAACGUCGUUUAGUCGUCGUAGAAGUCGAUAACCCCAUCCCCAUCCAAACAGAGGACUGUUGGACUAGUGUAGAAGGUUCGUGCAAUGGUUUGAUCUGUUUGCAUCGUUACAUAGAUGAAGUCAUUGCCUUGUUAAAUCCUUCAACCAAGGAGUAUAUAAUUUUACCUCCACUGCCUCCUCUCCAUGAAAAACCCUUAUUCGCAGCACUCCCAUUUACUGGUCUGGUAUAUGAUCCUGUUGGUGACGAUUACAAGGUGGUUCAGAUUGUGCAGUACUUGGAUAGGUUUAACACCUUUUGGUCUGAAGUUAUGGUUUGUAGCUUAAGAUCCAAAAUGUGGAGGCGGGUUUGUGAGAGCUUCGCUCAUCACCUUUACGUGUUGUCUAAAAUGCCCUGGCUAUGUUCGAGAAAUCCCGGUGUGCUUGUCAAUGGUGCUUUGCAUUGGUUGGCUUGUCGAGAUCGCGUAGAUUUGUUUGACAUUGUUGUUGCUUUUGAUCCGGUGGUUGAGGAACACUGGGUAAUGGAGGUGCCAAAAGUUUCUGGUUAUAGUAAGGGGACAUUGGGGGUUUUAGGUGGAUGUUUGUGCUUAAUUUGUGCUAUGAAGGAAAGAGAUACGGUUGAAUUAUGGGUCAUGAAUAAUUAUAGAGUAGAGGAGUCAUGGACGAAACUCUUUAGGGUAAUGUUUGAGGUGCAUAGCCCGGGGUGCCCAAGGGUUUUGGCUUAUUGUAGGAGCAGUAGGGAAGUUAUCUUGUUGGAAAUGUUUGGUAAUUUAAUUUGGUAUGAUCUGAAAGAGAAAAAGGCGGUGGAUCUCGGCAUUUGUUCAUCAUUUGCGGAUGUUAAUGUGAAAAGCCUUGUUAAGCUCAAUCAUUAUCAAUGAAUUGGCGGCAUUCUAUAAUUGUUACUGUGAUUUGUGAGGAUGUCUGGUUUUUGGGAAGCUGUUAAGUUUCUACCAAAGCAUGAUUCUAUUAUGCUGACGAUAAAGGAUUUCGGGUAUUCUUAGAAAUUCUGUUUAUUUUGUUUUAUUAAGCUAAAUAUGUUCAACCUUUGUGAUCAUGGUCUGUUAAUUAUGAUAUUUCGACUAGACUUUCACCUUUUGUUGAUUAGCAAACCUAUAUGUGCUUUAAGCUUUUGCAAAUUCCUUGUAAAUGAAAAAAAAACUUUGAAUGGAUUAGUGAAAUGACAAUGCUUAUUAUGCUUAAGAGAAUGAAUACAGAAACGAUGGCCGUGUGGAUUCUUGGUACUUGGAACGGAGGAGUGAUUCAAUAAUUUGCAGAAAUAAUGUCAGGUUAUAUUACAACAGAAGAGGCUUAUGGUGGUUGUAAACUGUUGUUCAAUACUGUCUUAAGAGGCUUAUAGAGGCGGUUCUAAAAAACUGUUGUUCAAUACUGUCUUAAGAGGCUUACAGUGGCGGUUCUAAAAAACUGUUGUUCAAUACUAUCUUAAGAGGCUUGUAGUGUUGGUUGUAAACUGCCCUUCCAGACUGUAUUAAGUGGGAUUAGUGCGCCCGCUGGGGACGGCUGUGAUGAGCUCGUUGCACGGUGCACCUAUUACCUACUCCUGAGGCAUACUAUAGUGGCAGUUGUAAAAAACUGCUGUUCAAUACUGUCUAAUUGUGUAUACUGGUGUAUUUUUUUCAAGUACUGCUUGAAGUUUAAAAAAAAAAAGAAAGGAAAAAG